AUGGAUGAAAAUGAAAUAUCGAUUAUAAGCAGCAAGAACUUUGCAAAUGUUUCCGAAAUUUUGGAGAAAUUUAUGAAGAAUAAUGAAACAAAUUUUUCAUUCCCUUAUCUUUCGGAGAAUAACAUGAGGGUGUCAUUAUGGGCAGCACUAUUUGAGCAGCUUCAGGAUAAAUCAGCUGAAAUCAUUCAUCUUUCCUGUUUGGCUACACUAAGAAUAUUAAGCCGUGACAAAAGUGAAGUAGAAAAUUUAAUAUGUGAAAAAUGGAUGAUAACAUUGAUUGAAAAAGCUGGUUUAUACAAUUUCAUUGAUGUAACUGAUGAUGUAAAGGAAAAUUUGCCUAGUAAAGACGUUGCUGUGGAGGCUUUAAAAUGUUUGUGUAACAUAACAUUUAAUAGUGAAGUGGCCAGAGCAUUGUGUGCUCAUACAAGUAUUGCACAAGGACUUGUGGCAAGACUAAGAUCAUACAGUGAAAUACCUUACAAGGAAGAUAUAAUACUCUUUGACAUGAAAUUAUUAUUUAUUUUAACUGCUUUAAGACAAAACAUAAGAGCUAAAAUAAAAAAUGAGUUGCAUGGAAUGAUAUAUUUGAUAAAUUGUCUGAAUGACCUUGUGUCUGAGGCUACAGAGCAUAGAAUUGAAGCAUCAAAUGUUUGUAAACAUCAACAAGUUGUACUAAGUGAUAAGCAAGAAGCAAUUGUAUGUGAAAUACUUAAAACCCAGUUUAAUAUGAUGUACCAUUCUGGUCCUGAUGAGCCUCUUAAUGCAGAAGAAGAAGCAUUGGUCUUGAAACUAAUGCCAAUUUUAACUGCUCUACUCACGGCUGAAACUAGUACUUGGGAUAAAUUGACAGAGCUACAUAUUAACAUAGCCAAUUUACUGACAUGUGUACCAGCAGAAUUUUAUCAGUACUUAUCUCCUGAAUGUAGUGAAGAUGAGAGUUUACAGUAUGUCUAUGAUGGAAAGAAUAUGGAAGCUCUGCAUGCUCUAUUACAAUUGCUACAACACAGACUAACAGUUACAACCGGUACAAAUAAUGAAUACGAAAAUCUUUCACCGAUUCUGACCGUAUUGAACAAGAGCGCUCGUAACGUACGAGCUCAUCGUAAAUAUUUACGACAAACGGUGCUUCCGCCCCUGAGAGACGUUUCCCUGCCUCCGGAAAAGGGGAAUACCCUUCGAAAUCAACUCUGCAGACUUUUGACUACACCGGUCACGUCUGUAAGGGAUCUCGUUGCAGAGUUUCUGUUUAUUCUGUGCAAAGAGAAAGUGGGCCGUAUGGUGAAGUACACCGGUUUCGGUAACGCGGCCGGUCACUUGGCGCAAAAAGGUCUCAUGUGCGGUGGGCGUGGCCCCAUACAGUACUCGUCGAGUAGCGAAGACUCCGACACUGAGGAGUAUUUGGAGGCCCAGCCUCAUAUAGACCCGGUCGUAGGAUGUACUAGGCCACCCAGGGUCGAUCCGUUUGAGAGUAUGACUGAGGAACAGAAAGAACACGAGGCUAUGAAGUUAGUGAAUUUAUUCGAUAAAAUGUUAUCUGAGGGCGUGGUCAAACCGGCGACGAUCGGCCCCGACGGAAAGCCCAAACCCCUCGAGCACGUCCUGGAGAUGAGGGAGAAUCCACCGAACAGACCGCAGUCCUAA